GAAAAAGAUUACUACUUUAUUUUCUUGUGUCAACGUUUACUUUAAGCUAAUUUCCAUUUUCGUUUUGGUAACAAUUUCCAAAAAGCUUUUGAUUAUUCCGAAAGGAAAGAAAUUAAUGGGUAGCUUUUUCCAAUUCAUAUCGUUUUCACGACAUCAAUUAAAAAGUUAAAAACUUUCAACAGGUCUACCACACAAUCAUUCGUUCUCUCUCUCAAAGUCUCAAUCCAUCUCCAGAGAGUAGUGUGUUUUUAGUGGAGGAAGAAUCAGAUUCAAAAGCCAAAAUCAAAGCUUGGUGAUGGGAUCUGGAGCUGGCAAUUUCCUCAAGGUUCUUCUCAGGAACUUCGAUGUUCUUGCUGGGCCUGUGGUUAGUCUCGUUUAUCCUCUAUAUGCUUCAGUUCAAGCGAUUGAAACUCAAUCUCAUGCUGAUGACAAACAAUGGCUAACUUAUUGGGUCCUUUAUUCAUUACUUACACUCAUCGAGCUCACAUUCGCCAAACUCAUCGAAUGGUUACCGAUAUGGUCAUACAUGAAGCUGAUCUUGACUUGCUGGCUUGUUAUUCCCUACUUUAGUGGCGCUGCUUAUGUCUAUGAACAUUUUGUGAGACCGGUGUUUGUUAACCCUCGGAGCAUUAACAUUUGGUAUGUGCCAAAGAAGAUGGAUAUCUUCAGAAAACCAGACGAUGUGUUAACAGCUGCUGAGAAGUACAUUGCAGAGAAUGGACCUGAUGCUUUUGAGAAGAUCUUAAGCCGGGCUGAUAAAUCAAAAAGAUAUAAUAAGCAUGAAUAUGAAAGCUAUGAAACGAUGUAUGGUGAGGGUUAUCAGUACUAAGAGAAAUUUGAAAAAGCUUUUAAUUUUAGAAUGUGUGAAGCAACUUCAUGUCUUUGUUGUUUGUUUAUGCUUCCUUUUUGUGGAUCUCUCUCGUGUAAAAAAGUUGCUAAUUAAAAUAAAGAUGCUUUCUGCUCCAAUUUAAAGCUUA